GGAUCAUGAGCCCCCGUUUAUCCAUCCGCACUGGGUCCCCCUCACGCCGCCCGUGACCCCCGGGCUGCAGCCGCUGCCGGUGCCGGUGCCGGAAAGGCGUGACCCGGCCCCGCCCUCAGCGCUGCGGGCUCGCCAUGGCGGCGGCGCGGCCGGCGCGGGCCCGGGCCCUGCUGCAGCAGAGCGUCUCCGCCCGCCUGCAGGUGCGGCCGCCCGAGAGCGGCUCCGAGGCGCAGUGGGUGGAGAUCCAGAGAGGGCUUGUUAUCUACAUAUGCUUCUUCAAAGGUGCUGAUGAGGAUCUUGUCCCAAAAAUUGUUGAUACACUGUUGAAUGUUAAAUUAAGUGAAAAUGAAAACGGCGAGUUUGUCUCUGUUCUUGAUUUACCAGGCGAUGUACUCAUCAUACCACAAGCUACCCUAGGUGGUAAACCAAAGGGAAGAAAGAUGCAGUACCAUGCAAACAUUGAAAAAGAAAAAGGGUUGGAACUUUAUUCUCAGUUUGUGACUCUGUGUGAAAAAGAACUGGCUGCCAAUGCCAAAUGCAUGGAAGCUGGUGUUCUUGUCAAGCAUGGCACAUAUGGAAACAGGCAGGUGUUAAAACUGGAUACAAAUGGACCUUACACUCACCUGAUCGAAUUUUGAAAAAAUAAAUUGUAUCCCAAAUACA